AUGGCAACUUACGCUAACUUACUCGAUACCACAACAAUUACCGGCAAUGAACGAGAAUUCCUCACAUCGCUCCUUGCCCAGAGUGGAAUCAACCAUCAGGACCCCAUCCUUGCUCCUGAGCGAUCCGCGGGUUCUUCCACAAUUGCAACCCGUCCACAUACCAGUACCACUACACCGAGAAGGACGGCAGAUAAAGGCACGCAAUUGCCAUGGAACAUCAAUGACUAUGAAAUACUGCUAUUCAAGGCGCUAUUCAACAUUUCCGUUACAGGUGAUGGUCCACGGCAAUCCACUGGCUAA